AUGCCCUCUGUCUGGAUGACUUGUGCGUUGUCUUCGCAAACCACCUGUGACAGCCAGGCACUCCACUAUCGUCCAAUCCCCGACGGCUACACGCGCCUCCUCCGCCUGCUUCCACACAGCCACAGGGACGCGCCUAUCAGGUGUGAGCUCCUCGACCACCAUCUGCUCGACUCUGGAACGGGGACGCGGCCCUAUGAAGCACUUUCCUACGUGUGGGGGCCGCCAGGCAGGUCUUCGGUUGUCUACAUCAAGGACUUGGUCGACGCCAUCUGCAUCAACCAGGAGGACCUGGGCGAGAGGGAACGACAGCUCGUGGACCCGCCGCUGCCGGCUGGCACGGAUGCCACCAAAGAGCCGGUGGAUGCAGAAAGAGUCGCCGCGGACUCGGACACUACGCUGGCCAUCCAGGCUCUACUUAGCGCUACAUGUGGAGUCAAAGAUAGGACAGCAAAGAAGGCCAUUUCCAGUAUAUUUCAGAGGGCGUGGUUUAGGCGAAUCUGGGAAAUAGCUUCCGCCCAAAAUGCCCUGAUCAUGUCUCGCCACAGCGAAAUUAGCGGCCAAGCGUUUUGUGCCGGCCUGGAUGCUUUUUAA